UCAUUUGCUUGCACAGGCCUUACAUAGAACUCAACUGAAGUUCCAAGUUACAUUGUAACGAUAGCUAGCAAGUCCAUUCUUAACAAAGAUUUUUCACCAAGCCUGCUGUCAAGAUCGUCGUCGGAUUCGAUUGGUUUGCAACUCACGAGAUAUCUUUAAAUUAGAUUAUUUUUUAAUUUAUAGAGAAUUGGGGGGUUUAAGCUGAAUUCCUUACUAGCUCAGGUUACUUCUAUUUCGCGAGCUAACUUCCCAUCCAACUAACCUUAGCUAGCUGGCUGAUGUGGCUAGGUAGUAUUAGCCACCUAGCUAGCUAACGUUAGCUAUUUGGUGGAGUACUGUGUGUUAGCCACAACGUUAUCAGAUUUGCAUUAGCGAGCUAGUUGGGCAGGUGUCCAAAAUACCCCGUGUGUGAUGUCCAGUGAGAUACUGAUAUUAGGCAACUAACUUGAUGUUUCCAGGUUAUGUUGAAGCAUUUACGUAAAUAACGUUAGCUACUAUUUGAGACCUGUUCGCCUAACGUUAACGCCAGCUAGCAUAGCCUGCAAAGUGCAGCUGCUGCUAUUUGUCGUCAGCCAAUUAGCUGUUGUUAGCUAGUGAGCCCAAAUCUGUUGAGUUUCAUUGCUGACGUUUAACGUUAGUUGUGACAAUGCCUGCCAUGCUAGAUAAAGGUAGUACUGAGAUGUCUGGUAAAAGAAGGGGUAGGAAUUCUGUUAGCCACCCAACUAAAAGUUUCGCUGCAAAUGGAAACAGUAACAAUUCAUGGGAAGAAGGAAGUUCGGGAUCUUCAAGUGAUGAUGAACAUGGUGCAGGGGGGAUGAGAGUCGGCCCACAGUACCAAGCGAACGUUCCAGAUUACGAUCCAGAGGUGGCAAAGGCCAGUCAAGAGAGAGAGAAUCUCGGCAUGCUGGUUUGGUUUCCUAAUCACAAUCUGGCAGAAGCAAAACUGGAUGAAUACAUUGCAAUUGCCAAAGAGAAGCAUGGGUACAAUAUGGAGCAGGCUCUGGGGAUGCUCUUUUGGCACAAGCAUAAUAUUGAAAAGUCUCUGGCGGACUUGCCCAACUUCACGCCUUUCCCUGAUGAGUGGACAGUGGAGGACAAGGUCCUGUUUGAGCAGGGCUUCAGUUUCCAUGGCAAAACAUUCCACCGCAUCCAGCAAAUGCUGCCAGACAAGUCCAUUGCCAGCCUUGUGCGUUUCUACUACUCCUGGAAGAAGACGCGCAGCAAAACCAGUGUGAUGGACCGACAUGCACGCAAGCAGAAGAGGGAGAGGGAAGAGAGUGACGAGGAGGUGGAGGAGAACAGCUGCAUUUCCCCAGGAGAUGCCGAGUAUGAGCCCAGCAAGGAGGAGAGGAAGGAGGUAAAGAGUUUGGGGGCAGGAGUAGAAAAAUCAGAGGCAAAGUCAUCAGUCCCUCAAAAGCCGGCAGGCUCUGGGGAAAAACCCGCUCACUUGAAGAAGGAGACUCCGGGCCCCACGGGUAAGAAUCUGCACCGAGCCAAGAAGAAGCCGCCCAAGGGCAUGCACCUGAUCCAGCGCGACGUAACCGCCAUGUCCAGCAGCUCGCCUGCCGCCACAGGCGUCCUCCGGCAGCUCGACAUGGAGCUGGUGGCCAUUAAACGCCAGAUCCAGAGUAUCAAGCAGACCAACAGCACACUGAGAGAGAACCUGGAUUCUGGAGUAGAGGACUUCAGACCAUCUGAGGUCACCCAGAAGUUCAACACCCGCUGGACAACAGAAGAGCAGCUGCUGGCUGUUCAAGCAAUUCGUAAGUACGGCCGGGACUUCCAGGCCAUCUCCGACGUGAUCGGCAACAAGUCUGUGGUCCAGGUGAAGAAUUUCUUUGUGAAUUACCGGCGACGCUUCAAUCUGGACGAGGUGCUGCAGGAGUGGGAGGCGGAGCAUGGCGUGGAGAGCAGCGACGGGGCAAAGAACAGCGAGGAAGAGAAGAUGGAGGUCACGCCAGAGGACGGUACCACCACCCCAGUCCCACCUGAAGAGCAGAAAAAGGAGCCAGCAGCUGCAGACACACAGGCCCCCCAGGCAUCCUGAACCCUUGAGAACUCAACCCAUUCAUUCCUACAGAGCUGCAGUUUGGAAGGAGAGAACGAGAGAAACAGCGAGAGAGAGACAUCUCUCGGCAGACCUGUGCUGUGUCUUUAAAACUGGACCCCCCCAGCCCCUGACUUCCUCACCCACCUAUCCCCUGCUCCUGCUCCACCGGCCAGUCCCGUGUGGCAAAGGACCUUCAGUAGCUGCCUCUGCACAGGAAGGGGACAUAAAAAAAAAAAACCCAAACAGAUGCAAAGCGCCUGGCCAGGCCAGCGCUCCCGACUCUAUCUCUGUGCACUUUACCCCUCGAGUGCCCACGCCACCUCCACCACAUCCAGGUUUUCACCCCCAACCACGAUACUGCCCUCGAUGCUGCCUCGCUCUCUUUGUUUGCCCUCGACUCCACGCCAUGCAUCUUAUGCCUGACGCCUGUCCCAUGUGACCCUAAGCCCUAAUAAUGGGGGCGAUGGCGUAUACUGCUGCUUCUCUAUUUGUCCAUCGUUCACCCAAUAACUCAACAUGUGCGAGUUUCACAUCCAGCUCAUCUCAUGCUAUCUUGGCCAUCACUAGAAAAGGCAAGCCUAAUGUAUGACGUCAUCGCGUAAAACUGUAAUGUGUGGUUUGUCGUCAUCAUCCAGCAUCUCUCAUUUCUCAAGAACUUCCUCAAGACGGCUGUUCUGAGUAUAUUUAACUGGAUUGUAAGAUUUGAUGUUUGCCAUUGGGCAUAUUAUGAAAACAAUAGUUAUACAUUUCUCAGGCAGUCCACUGUAAUUUAUAUAUAAACUCUAAAUUUAUUCAAUAUUUAAUUCUUUAUUUGAAAAUUAUUGCUUGAUUAAAUAAUUGGAAAUGGGCAUUGUUGAGGACAGUGUGGCCUCCAAUGUAAUAUAAUGCUUACAGUUAAUUAUAAAGAACCGUUUUAUCAUGCUUUUUAUGAUGCACCUCUAAAAUGAUGCCCCUUGUUAUUGGACUUAUAUGUCAAUACGCAGAAGAGAUCAUGUGAAGUCUCAGACCUGGGACACUAGUUGGAAAAAGGAGUGUGUGCGUGUGAGGAAACUAACAAUAGGGUGAACUGGACACAUAUGAACACUCUGGAGAUAAACCAACAUUGUCCGGGACCCUUAAUACAAGCGCGCUGAAGUCUGACAUCCCAACAACAGUCUGAGCAGCUUUCAGGGGCUGUUGAAACUGUGAUGCUUUCGGUUAUUUUCUAUUACUGUCUUCUGC